CUACAAACCAAGCCUGUUAUCGGUUCUGCCAAGUACAGUAUCACUCAGCUCCUGUUCCUUGUUUGUAGCAGCAGCUCAGGAUUACAUUAUGGCCAGUAUAAAGGUUGCAGUAGUCACAGGGGGCAAUAAGGGGGUUGGGCUGGCUGUAGUCAAAGCCUUAUGCAAGCAGUUCAGGGGGGAUGUUUAUCUCACAGCCAGGAACCCCAAACUGGGGGAGGAAGCUGUCAAGGCCCUGGAGAAGGAAGGAUUGUCCCCCCACUUCCACCAGUUGGACAUCACUGACCUGCCCAGCAUCCAGGCUCUCAGGGAUUUCCUAAAGGACAAGUAUGGGGGCAUUGAUGUACUCAUCAACAACGCUGGCAUUGCUUUUAAAGGUGCUGACACAACCCCGUUUGGUAUCCAGGCUGAGGUUACGAUGAAAACCAACUUCUAUGGCACCAGGGAUAUAUGCAAAGAGCUUCUGCCACUAAUUAAACCACACGGGAGAGUGGUCAAUGUGUCCAGCAUGGUUAGCUCCAGUUCUUUGGGACGUUGCAGCCCAGAGUUACAGAAGGUCUUUCGUAGUGAGUCGAUCACAGAGGAGGAACUGGUCAAACUUAUGGAAAAGUUUGUAGAAGAUGCCAAGCAAGAUGUACAUCAAAAAGAAGGCUGGCCAAACACUGCUUACGGAACAUCUAAAAUAGGAGUGACUGUGCUCUCCAAGAUCCAAGCAAGAGAGAUAGCCGCAGCGAGGAAAGGGGAUGGAAUCCUACUUAAUGCGUGUUGUCCGGGGUGGGUGAGGACCGAUAUGGCGGGUCCAAAUGCUACAAAGUCCCCAGAUGAAGGUGCCGAGACCCCCGUUUAUCUGGCUCUUCUGCCGUCUGAUGCAACGGAGCCUCACGGGGAGCUGGUUAGCGAAAAGAAGGUGGUGAAGUGGUAACCAGAUCCAGUAACUUCCAACUGGAUAGUGUAGGCGCAGAUAUAGAAUUAAAACUGUUAAUUGAUUACCAUUCCCAUAAAACUUCAAAUGUUCUGACCUUACAUUUAUAGAGAGGGGUGCAUCCAAUGCCCAUGACCCAUCCAGUCACAUCUAAACAACAAUCAUAUAAAGCACACCUAAAAGUUAUAAAUAUAUAAAGCCAAUUAUAAUGCAAAUAGAUACACAAAUGGCACAACAAUCAUAGAGGGAAAGAAAAUGUGUCAAACAUCCAUCAUCAAUGCAAUAAAUAAAGCAUAGUAACAUAACGUAGAUAAAGCACUGAGGAAAUGGUGACAAAAAAUGUACUACUUGUGUAUUAAUUCUGCAAUUAAAGUGAACCUGUUAUGGAAAAAUUAACUUACCCGAAAGUGCUCCGUCUGGGGUCUGCUUGGUUCGAAUCCCCUACAGGGAAAAUCUCCUCAAUGAUGUUGGCACGCUGGCUUUGUUGCCAGCUUGCCCGCAUCAGAAUCGAGUGAUACAUUGUAGCACCGGUUAUUAUGGGUUUAGAGCAGAGGGAUCUCCUGUGGGAAGAAUUUUUUUGCCGAGGCAUUACUGACAGCUGGAAGUAAAAAAACAUUUUAAAAUAGUUUUUUUCUCCUAAUCUAAACAUUUGCUUAAUCUAAUGAGCAUAAAUAGCUUGGGUUAUGACAGGUGGCCACUAAGUCCUCGAUCCUGGAAUCCUGUUUCAACCAAUAGCUUUUCUCAAGAGGGAUUCGUCAAGCUCUAUCAACCACAACCUGUGUAUUUGACAAUGGUUUAUGGGAGCUGCAGUCCAUUUACGGAUGAAUGUGUCGUUUUUUUUCUGUAUUACAUUUUGUAUGGAAAUAAAGAAUACGUAAAACGGUGA